UAAGAGAGAGAGCUCCUAGUACUGUAAGGACAUUUCUAGUGCCGAGGUUGGGUAGGGAGAAGGCAAGCCACCUGUUGCGAAAUAAACGAAGUCUGACUUGACUUUCCUGAUCAGGCAAAAAAUAUAAACUGUUCGAAAAUGAACAAGGGAGACACGGAGGUCGAUAUGAAGGAGGUUGAGUUGAACGAGCUGGAUCUAGAGAAAUUGCCGAUGACCGGAGAUGGCGCGGGAGCCGAGAAGAACGGUAGUGUGAAGUUGAAAGUCCCAGACGAGGAUAUCAAGUUUACCGGUCUGUCCAAGGAAGAGCUCAUGAAGGUUGCUGGCACACCCGGGUGGGUGAGGACUCGCUGGGUGCUUCUCGCCUUGUUCUGGGUAGGCUGGGUGGGCAUGCUGGCGGGGGCCAUAGUGAUUAUUGUCCAGGCCCCCAGGUGUAAACCCAUACCAGAGAUGAACUGGUGGAACCAAGGCCCCCUCUAUCAAAUCUCUGACCUGAACGCCUUCAAUAAGGGCAAGGGAAUCAAAGGUGUUGUAGAGGUUCUGGACAGUCUGAACCAGUUAAAAGUGAAAGGCUUGGUUCUGGGGCCUCUCCACAUUGUCCAGGAGGACACUGCCAUCUCCUUGGACCUGCUCAAAAUAGUCCCGGAUGUGGGAACGGAAGAGGACCUGCUGGUUCUGCUGGACAAGGCUCACAAGAAGGGAAUGUCAGUGGUGCUCAACAUGACCCCUAACCCAGGAGCUAACCCAUGGUUUGGAUCUGACAGUCUCGGGAAAGUCCUGGACAAACUCAGGGCUGCUGCCGAACACUGGCUGAGCGUGGGUGUGGAUGGGGUACAGGUGUCGGGCCUCGUUGCUGCCAGCACAUCUCCUGAAUGGAUCUCGCUUCGGGGUGUUGUCCAGAGGAACGCCACAGAGGACACAAAGAAGAGCGCUCUGAUAGGCAUUGUAAAUGGUCUGGAUUCCCCAGACGUCUCAAAACUCCUAAACACCUCCGGCGUUGAUCUGAUACUGUCUGAUGUACUGAACCCCCCCAGACACUCAGGUGUCCAGCGGGCCGAGGCCAUCCAAGGCCUGAUCUCAACCCAGAAACAGAGCUCCUUGGCUUGGGGACUAGGAGGUAUUUCCGGGAAGCACUUGGCGUCCGUUGUGGAGAAGCCAGAACUGGUCAGGCUUUAUCACCUGCUGCUGCUGACGUUGCCAGGGACACCCGUCUUCAACUACGGGGAUGAGAUUGGGCUGACGGACCAGGGCACGGGGAGCCCUGUGAUGCUGUGGGACACGGAGGAAGAGCCAGCCACCGACCAAUCGGGGAAGAACCAGACUGCAGAGGCUCAGAGGACCUAUCGUCUGACCUGCCGUUCGUGGUUUAAGACGCUCUCUGAUCUCCGAGGUAAAGAGCGCUCCCUCCUGCACGGGGACUACUUCCUCCUCCACUCCUCCACCUCCUCCCUGGCGUUCCUGCGUCUCUGGGACCAGAGCGAGAGAUACGUGACGGCCGUCAACUGGGGCUCCACCCCCGUCACCAUGAACCUCAAAAACCCAGACGUGACACUCCCGGAGCAGGUUAAAGUCAAGCUCACUACAGAUCCAGAGAACCUGGCUGCCGACAGCCCUGUGUCACUGGACAAACUGGUUCUGGGGCCUGGGCAGGCUGUCCUCCUAACGUUCCCCUUCGCCUAGAGGGGCUCCGUAACAGUCCCGGGCUGGACCACAGCACAGACACCAACUGAAAACAGAAUCAACACAAAAAUGAAGAAUUUCUUUUAGAACGCCAAGAGCUAGCAUUUGGAAUGUAUGGGAUAAAAGAACUUUUCUUCUAAACAUUUCAGGUGAAGUGCUUUUGUUGGUGGUUUGAAAAGUUUUAAAAGCAACUUUUCGUUCAUGUAAAAUGUUGAAUUGCUGGUGAACAUAAAAAAGCAGUUAGUUUGGAACGUGACGAGAGUUCCUUAUACUGUGCUGACUAAAAAUUGAAAUGAGUAAAAAUAAAGAAGGUCCUGUGUAAAAUUGCCUGGUAACAAGCAUACAGCGACAACAA